CAAGCUGGUUGAGCCCAAAAAUAGCAGAAAAGUGUAAAGUGGCCCAAUAUCUCUCAACUCCACAACCAUCUCUUUCUAUCACUCUGAUCAAAGUUUUUUUCACCAAAGAGAGAGAGAGAGAUGGAUGAAGAAUUGCUAGAAUUGCAAAAACAAUUUGAAUUAGCACAACAAGUUAAAUCCACAGUACGAUUAUCAGAGCGUAACGUAGUGGAAUUGGUGCAGAAACUUCAUCAGCUUCAAAUCAUUGACUUUGACCUUCUUCAUACUAUCACUGGCAAAGAAUACAUCACCCCUGAGCAAUUGAGAAAUGAAAUUGUGGCAGAGAUCAACAAACUGGGACGUAUUUCGUUGAUUGAUUUAGCUGACUCUACGGGGGUAGACUUGUACCAUGUUGAGAAACAAGCACAUCAUGUAGUAUCCCAUGACUCAUCCCUCAUGUUAAUUAAUGGGGAAAUUAUCUCGAAUACUUAUUGGGAUACAGCGGCUGAAGAAAUCAAUGAAAGACUUCAAGAAUGUAGCCAAAUUGCCAUUGCUGAAAUAGCAGGACAACUACAAGUUGGGUCUGAGUUAGUAGUCUCCAUUCUUGAACCUCGUCUUGGAACAUUGAUAAAAGGUAGGCUUGAAGGUGGGCAAUUGUAUACACCAGCCUAUGUUGCUCGUGUAAGUGCAAUGGUCCGUGGUGCAGCUAGGGGUAUUUUUGUUCCAAUGAACACGUCAGCGUUAUGGAACUUCUUGCAGAGUUUACUGCAAGAGAUGGAUGGAGCUGUUGGUGUUGCUGUUGAAUCUUCAUUUUUCCAGUCCAUGUUUAAUGGCUUAGUCAAAGAAGGCGAGAUUCUCGGCUCUCUUCGUGCUGGAGUUCAUUGGACACCUUCCGUCUUUGCCACGGCUCAAAAGGACUGUGUAGAUUCCUUCUUUUCGCAGAAUUCUUUUAUUACUUAUGAAGCUCUGCAAAAACUUGGGAUUCCGCAACCUUCUCAAUUCCUGCAGUCCAGAUAUCCAGAUGGUAUAUCUCUCGACUCUACGUUCGCUCACCCUUCAAUAAUUGAGAUGUUGGAUGCCGCUGUUGAGGAUGCCAUAGAACGUAAUAGCUGGAUUGAUUCGCUUUCAGUUUUACCCAGUUCCUUUGGUAGCCAAGAUGCGUUUAAGAUUCUGUCACUAUGUCCAUCGGUUCAAACAGCACAAAAGUCGAAUAAAGCACUUAUCUUGGGGGAUUCAUAUAUUUUUAGCAACGGCUUUGUCAAGGAUCUGUUUGAUCGGAUGGAAAAAGAGAUGGAAACAUUAAGCAUUCCAGGGCUUGUCGGUGCUGGGCCUGUAGAUGAGUCUCGUGAUAAUAGCACCAGUGAAGUAAAUGAGACAAGCAGUGAUGCUGGUAUCAGCAAACAGGCAUCGGAGAAAGGAUCUAAGAAGAAAAAAGGAAAAUCAUCUGGGAAUACUAAGACGGCGCAAGCUGAAACAGGGGCAGAUUACCAGGAAUCUGCCCCUAGUAAAUCUAAGAAAAGUCAGAGGAAAGGUAAGGUGUCAUCUGGCUCACAAACGUCAUCAGGUGCUAGAAAGGAUGAGGAUAGCCUUGCUAUUUCCGAAGAAUGGGUAAUUCAGAAGAUCACAUCUCUCAAUCCUGACUUUGAAGAACAAGGUCUGGAUGACCCAGAGAUGAUUCUUUUGCCUUUAGCAAGACAUCUGAGACCUUUGCUCCUAAAUUCAUGGAAGGAAAGAAGAAAGGCUGCUUUCACUGAUAAUUCCCAAAAAAUGAAAAAACUACUUGAUAAUUUGCAAAAGAAACUUGAUGAGUCGUUUUUGAACAUGCAGCUUUAUGAAAAAGCCCUCGAUUUGUUUGAAGAUGAUCAAUCAACUUCGGUUCUUUUACACAAGCAUCUUUUGCGUACCACAGGAACCUCAAUGGUUGAUACUCUAUUGGUUAACCUGGAUUUGCUCAAUAAACUGAAAAAUGGAGUUCCGGUUGAGCCUCAAACUCCCGAGUCUAUUUCACUUAGCGCUGGAGAUAGAAUUGCUCUGGCUAAGAGUCUGCCAGGUGUAUUGUCAGCCAAGGCCGUUGCAACAGUUGAAGCUUUAGAAGGAAAGCGGGUGGAAUCAUUUAUGUCGGCACUGAGAGAAGUUGCUGAGGAAAGUGGAUUGACUUUGAAGAAGCUCGACAAGAAACUGGAAAGAACCCUUUUGCAUUCGUAUCGCAAGGAUUUGACAUCUCAAGUUUCUGCUGAAACGGAUCCAGUUGCCCUCUUACCGCAAGUUAUAUCUCUGCUUUAUGUACAGGUUUAUGGAAAAGCUCUUCAGGCUCCUGGUAGGGCCAUUUCCGCUUGUGUCUCUCGGUUAAAGGAUAAACUGGAUGAAUCGGCAUUCAAGACCUUGGUUGAUUACCAGAGUGGAACAGUGAGCGUCUUGGCUCUAAUGGCUGCUGCCACUGGCGACGAGGAAGAUUGUACAUCUGACAGAAUUUUGAGCAAAAAGGAACAGUUAGAGGAAUUGAUGCCUGCAUUGAAGGGAUUAGUGCUAGGUACCUCACAGUCACAGACAUGACUUUGAUAGAUUCUAACUUCAGGAAAUAAUUCCAACAUAUGAAGAUGGAAGCAUUCACAUUUCUUUGAUAACCAGAGUUAGAAGAGUGGCUAGAUAUCAAGUGGCUAGGAAGGAAUUUUUUUCUUUUUUUUUUUUCUUUUAAAGAACUUAGCCCUUGUCAAAGACUUUAAGCUUGAAUAGAUGUUGUAUAUUUGUUUGCACAAACUACCAAUCAGUUAACAUAGACUGUUGCUAAUCGUAAUCUUUUAUUUU